CUGGCAGCCUCACCUCGUUUGACCGCAGCCAACCCACCCACCAUCCUCCCCGACCACUGUACUUGACAUCACAUCUCGACUGCACGAUCAAACAAUCAAGCAAUGGCCGACCGUUACUCUUUCUCCCUGACGACGUUCUCGCCCAGGUAAUUUUAUAAGCUUUCCAACCUAUGACGUCCGCAUGCUAAUAGAUUAUAGCGGCAAGCUGGUUCAGAUCGGUAUGCUCCAUCACAACCCCCACCGGCCAAUGUCUCCCAACUUCAGGAACGGAACGAACCUUCGAAUCGCAGGACUGACCUUCAAUUAGAAUAUGCUCUGAACGCCGUCAACCAGGGUGUCACCGCCCUCGGUAUCAAAGGCGAGUCGACUUGCCCCUCCUUCCUCAACCCAUGCUAACCCCUCGAAAGCCACCAACGGUAUCGUCCUUGCGACCGAGAAGAAGUCAUCAUCGCCCCUUGCCGACCCUAGCUCGCUGUCCAAGAUCAGCCUCGUCACCCCCGACAUCGGUAUGGUGUACUCAGGCAUGGGCCCCGACUACAGAAUAUUGGUGGACAAGGCUCGCAAGGUAUCGCAUACCGGCUACAAGCGCAUCUACAACGAAUACCCGCCUACGCGGAUAUUGGUGCAGGAUGUUGCCCGUGUCAUGCAGGAGGCUACUCAGUCUGGUGGUGUCCGACCUUACGGCGUCAGCUUGCUGAUUGCUGGCUGGGAUGAGGGUAUCUUGCCUGAGGACGAGAUCGAGACCAAGGAAGGCGAGGAGAAGAAGCCCACAGGCAAGACCGGGGGUACUCUGAAGGGUGGACCCAUGCUGUACCAGGUCGAUCCCUCUGGCAGUUACUUCCCGUGGAAGGCGACGGCGAUUGGCAAGAGCGCUACGUCUGCGAAGACGUUCCUGGAGAAGAGAUACACGGAGGGCUUGGAACUUGAGGACGCCGUGCACAUUGCAUUGCUCACACUUAAGGAAACCAUUGAGGGAGAGAUGAAUGGAGAUACCAUUGAGAUUGGCAUCAUCGGACCUCCGGCAGACCACCUGCUCGGUAUCGAGGGUGUUGAGGGUGCCAAGGGCCCUCGCUUCAGAAAGCUCAGCCCUCAGGAGAUUGAGGACUAUCUUACGAACUUGUAAUUUGCGCAAUGGCUAGGACGGUCUUACCUUGUAUCAUAGAACAGCAUAGAGACAUGGGACACGAAAAGUCCGAGCUCUAGACUCAAUGGAUGACCUGCAAUGACGACAUGACGAGAUACGUUGCAUAUGUGAUUGGGCAUCUUGAUAGAUUGGCCACGACUGGCGAGUCUUCUUCGCAGGGAAAGAUGCAAGCUGU